AAUACUUUUGUAUACGAGAAAAAACACACACGCAACAAAGUAUCAAGACUCCCGACAACAAAAAAGCAGAAGCCGUCGUCGCUUAACUCUUGACUGACAGUUGACGCGUUCAGCUAUUUACCGUGAAACCGCUUUUCUGGGUCGCCGGGAAACUACAUCCGGCGAGCAUAAUGGCGGGAAUAGUCGUGGUUUUUGACUUUGACCGGACCCUAAUCGACGGUGACAGCGAUAGCUGGGUGGUGACGGAGAUGGGUCUCACUCAGCUCUUCAAUGAGAUUCGCUCUACUCUUCCAUGGAACUCACUCAUGGAUAGAAUGACGGAGGAGCUGCAUUUACAAGGAAAAACUUCUGAAGAUAUUAAGGAGUGUCUUAAAAGAAUUCCAAUGCACCCGGGGGUAACUGCAGCUAUUAAGUCAGCUCACGCUUCGGGAUGUGAUUUGAGGAUAGUUAGCGAUGCGAAUCGGUUCUUUAUUGAGGCUAUCUUGGAAUGUCAUGGUCUGUUAGGAUGCUUCUCACAGAUCGUCACAAACCCAACCUCUGUAGAACAAGAUGGAAGACUCAGAAUAUUCCCACACUGUGACUUAGGUUCAUCGUUUCAUGGCUGCAAUCUAUGCCCUCCAAAUUUGUGCAAGGGUGUGGUGAUCGACCAAAUCCGAGCUUCUGUUUCUGCCAAUGGGAGGAAAAGGUUUGUCUACUUAGGAGAUGGGAGAAACGAUUAUUGCCCGAGUUUGAGGCUUGUAGAAGGAGACCAUGUAAUGCCGAGGAAGGACUACGCUCUAUGGAAGCGCAUUUGCAGCAACCCGGUGCUUAUCAAGGCUGACAUCCAUGAAUGGAGUGAUGGAGAGGAGCUCGGGAAGACAUUACUUCACCUCAUCCACAGAAUUUCUUCUGAAGAAAAUCAAAUGUAGUGACCCCCAUAUGCCUGAUGAAGCCUUCAAACUCGUAAAAGAACUUCCUACAACGGGUAUGCCAUUGUGUCAGCGUCCCAAGCCAUUCAGACACUAUCAUAUAUGCAAGCUAUAAAUUAAAAAUUGGCACUGCA